GGCUUCGGUACUCAGCGGCUCGGGAAGCUGUGCGUUCUGUGAGGCUGCGGCGGAGCCUCCGUACAGAAGGCGCAAGAGGUUGGCAGCCUCGAUUGAAGCACGUCGAGCGGCGACAGCAGCUAGGAGUCAUGAGCGACAGCGGCGAGCAGAACUACGGCGAGCGGGAAUCCCGUUCUGCUUCCAGAAGUGGAAGUGCUCAUGGAUCUGGGAAAUCUGCAAGGCAUACCCCAGCAAGGUCUCGCUCCAAGGAAGAUUCCAGGCGUUCCAGAUCAAAGUCCAGGUCCAGAUCUGAAUCUAGGUCUAGAUCCAGAAGAAGUUCUCGAAGGCAUUACACAAGAUCAAGAUCUCGGUCCCGCUCCCAUAGACGAUCCCGUAGCAGGUCUUACAGUCGAGAUUAUCGAAGACGGCAUAGCCACAGUCAUUCUCCCAUGUCUACUCGCAGGCGUCAUGUUGGGAAUCGGGCAAAUCCUGAUCCCAACUGCUGUCUUGGAGUAUUUGGAUUGAGCUUGUACACUACAGAAAGAGAUCUAAGAGAAGUAUUCUCUAAAUAUGGCCCCAUUGCUGAUGUGUCUAUUGUAUAUGACCAGCAGUCUAGACGUUCAAGAGGAUUUGCCUUUGUGUAUUUUGAAAAUGUAGAUGAUGCCAAGGAAGCAAAAGAGCGUGCCAAUGGAAUGGAGCUUGAUGGACGUAGGAUCAGAGUUGAUUUCUCUAUAACAAAAAGACCACAUACCCCAACGCCAGGAAUUUACAUGGGGAGACCUACCUAUGGCAGCUCACGCCGUCGGGAUUACUAUGACAGAGGAUAUGAUCGAGGCUAUGAUGAUCGAGACUACUACAGCAGAUCAUACAGAGGAGGAGGUGGAGGUGGAGGAGGAUGGAGAGCUGCUCAAGACAGGGAUCAGAAGGCGGUCACCUUCUCCUUAUUAUAGUCGUGGAGGAUACAGAUCACGUUCCAGAUCUCAAUCAUAUUCGCCUCGUCGCUGUUAAAGCAUGAAGUUGAAGAUUUUCUGAAACCUACCCUAGAGUUGGGAUAUUGUUUGUGGACAAUAUUUUUUAUUGUCUCCUGUUUAAAAAGUGAACAGUGCCUAGUGAAGUUAGGUGACUUUUACACCUUUUAUGAUGACUACUUUGGUGGAGUUGAAAUGCUGUUUUCAUUCUGCAUUUGUGUAGUUCGGUGCUUUGUUCAAAGUUAAGUGUUUUCAGAAAAGUAUGUUUUGCAUGUAUUUUUUUACAGUCUAAAUUUUGACUGCUGAGAAGUUUCUAUUGUACAAAACUUCAUUUAAAAAGGUUUUUCUACUGAAUCCAGGGUAUUCUGAAGAUCGAAGCCUGUGUGUAAAAUGCUACCAAAUGGUAAAAAGCAACAAUAAAGUUUGGUUUUUACUUUUC